CCUGCCACUUUUUUGCCCGCCAGCGUUCUUUCACCUCCACCUUUACUUGCAUAUCGCCGUUGCGGUGUCUAUUUAAUCUCUCUCUCUCUCUGACCUCAAUUACCCUGCAACCUACACGCGCGACGUGUUUCCCCAACCCUUCAACAUGGAUGAGGACUACUCGACCGGGUCCGUGGACGCCGACCGCGAGAUGACCAGACUCUGGCGCACAUGGCGAACAGUCUUUGAGAUGCUUUUGGAUCGGGGCUACGAAGUCACCGAAGAAGAAGUGCAAAUCCCGCUCGCAGACUUCAAACGAAAAUAUUCCGACCCUCUAGGCUAUCCCGACCGCAACAAAAUGAAAAUCAGCGCCCGCCCCACGGAAGCCAUGCAAACCAAAUACACGCCGCUGCCCAGCAAAUCCAACCCGACCCCGCAACCCGACUGCGGCACGAUCUACGUGGAAUUCUGCCCGGACUCGACGGGAGUGGGCACGAAGCAGGUCCGCGCCUUCAACCACUUCGUGGACGAGAACAACUUCCACACCGGGGUGUUCAUCACGCAGACGCCCAUCUCCCCCUCGGCCGUGCGCCUGCUGAGCGGCGUCCCCGGCCGCAUCUGCGAGCACUUCCAGGAGCAGGAUCUGCUGGUCAACAUCACCCGGCACGAGCUGGUGCCCAAGCAUGUGCUGCUCAGCCCGGACGAAAAGGCCCGGCUGCUGGAGCGGUACCGCCUCAAGGAGUCCCAGCUGCCCCGCAUGCAGCAUUCCGAUCCCGUCGCGCGGUACCUGGGUCUGCGGAAGGGGCAGGUCGUCAAGAUUAUCCGGAAGAGUGAGACGGCCGGCCGCUAUGCGAGUUAUCGGUGGGUACUCUAGUGCGGUAUCUUUUUUUUUCUGUAUAAGAUGGGAGCGGAGGGGAGAUGGGGUGGUGGGAUUAUCAACGGAGAUAUCCCGGCCAGUUAUCAUGAUGCAUCAUGGUACUGGGUCCAAGGGCAGAGCGGGAGGCAAAGAAAACAAGAAAAAUAUUGUCUAAUUACAGGCAUCGGGCAGCAUGGCGUAAGGGCGAAAAAGUUAUUCUCUAACCAAACUCAAUGUGUUUUCUUACUCAUGGCUCUAUGAUUUGGUGAUUAUGUUCUGGCUGAUGGGUGGCUUCACCUGAAUACUAC